GAGGGAGAGAAGAGCGCGCACAUUUGUAGUCGGGGGCAGGGGGGGGCUUCUCCUUGUCACGCUCUAUCUCCCCCUCCCCACCCCGCGCACCUUCCUGUUGGUGCGCCUCUCUCCCUACCCCUUGCGAAUGAUCUCUUCCGGAAGUGCCGCCAUCUUGAGAAACCGGCCUGAGGCGGAGGGAGCCGAGCCGAGCGCGGGCGGAUCCCCCUGGGGCAGGCGAGGGCGGCGGCCGCCAGGAGGAGCCCGGGAAGGGCAGGGAGGGGACAGCGCGCCACCGACGCUCAAAGAAAAUGAAUGGCACACUGGAUCAUCCUGACCAACCAGACAUAGAUGCGAUCAAGAUGUUUGUGGGCCAGGUCCCACGGAGUUGGUCUGAAAAAGACCUGCGGGAACUAUUUGAACAGUAUGGUGCUGUCUAUGAGAUCAAUGUCCUGCGGGACAGGAGCCAAAAUCCUCCCCAGAGCAAAGGGUGCUGUUUUGUUACAUUUUAUACGCGUAAAGCUGCACUAGAAGCACAGAAUGCUCUUCACAACAUGAAGAUCCUCCCAGGGAUGCACCACCCUAUCCAAAUGAAACCAGCAGAUAGUGAAAAGAAUAAUGCAGUGGAAGACAGGAAACUGUUCAUUGGGAUGAUCUCCAAGAAGUGCAAUGAAACUGAUAUCAGAGUAAUGUUCUCCUCGUUUGGACAGAUUGAAGAAUGCAGGAUAUUGCGGGGUCCUGAUGGCUUAAGCCGAGGUUGUGCUUUUGUGACUUUUACAACAAGAGCUAUGGCACAAACAGCAAUUAAAGCAAUGCAUCAAGCACAGACCAUGGAGGGGUGCUCUUCGCCCAUCGUAGUGAAAUUUGCGGAUACCCAUAAGGAUAAAGAACAGAAACGGCUUGCACAGCAGCUUCAACAACAGAUGCAACAAAUUAGUGCUGCCUCCGUUUGGGGAAACCUGGCUGGACUGAAUACACUUGGACCCCAGUAUUUAGUACUUUAUUUACAGCUCCUUCAGCAGACAGCAGCUGCCUCCUCUGGGAAUCUGAACACACUGGGCAACCUUCACCCAAUGGGAGGGUUGAAUGCGAUGCAGUUACAGAAUUUAGCUGCAUUAGCAGCUGCAGCCAGUGCAGCUCAGAGCACACCAAGUGGUACUACUGCACUGAGUUCUUCCAAUAGUCCUCUCAGUGUACUCACCAAUUCAGCAGGUUCAUCACCUAGUUCCAGUAGCAGCUCCUCUGUUAAUCCAAUGGCUUCUCUUGGAGCACUGCAAACCCUCGCAGGGGCUACUGCUGGUCUCAAUGUUGGGUCUUUAGCAGGAAUGGCAGCCUUAAAUGGUGGGCUAGGCAGUGGUGGCCUUUCAAAUGGCACAGGGAGCACAAUGGAGGCCCUAUCUCAGGCCUAUUCUGGGAUCCAGCAAUAUGCUGCUGCUGCACUGCCCACCCUCUAUAACCAGAGUCUGUUAACACAGCAGAGUAUUGGUGCAGCAGGAAGUCAAAAGGAAGGUCCAGAGGGAGCCAAUCUAUUCAUCUAUCACCUCCCCCAGGAGUUUGGGGACCAAGACCUGCUGCAGAUGUUCAUGCCUUUUGGGAAUGUCGUCUCUGCCAAGGUUUUUAUUGAUAAGCAGACCAAUCUCAGCAAGUGUUUUGGUUUUGUAAGUUAUGACAAUCCAGUCUCUGCACAAGCUGCCAUCCAGUCAAUGAAUGGAUUUCAAAUUGGCAUGAAGCGACUGAAAGUACAGCUCAAGCGCUCUAAGAAUGACAGCAAGCCAUACUGAGCGCCCCUCCCCUCUGGAACUGGAGUGAGAAGGAUCUUCUGGUAAGUUGGGAGGAGUGCGCUUAGUGAUUCCAAAACUCUUGGAGGCUGUAUUUUUACAGUCACAGAAGCUAAUUGAUGUCAUUCUGUCUGGCACACCUUCCCCUGAAGACUCAGCUGCAGCCUCUACUGGGAAUUCUUCGGAUGGAGGACAAGUUUGUGCUUUUGUUUCCAGUGUUUUACUUUGGAGUUUAGGUGCCAUAUCGCUGACCUUUUUAAAAGUUUGCUGUGUUUGUAACCAGUGUGUUUUGAGAAGGACCAAUGCCAGCCACUUUGGGGAGGAGAGGAAAAUAAUAGAUGUGAUUGGCUCUGUUUCAUUUAGACAUGACAAGGAAAAAUGAAACGGAUCUGUUGCCAGCCACCAAGUGAUGUUCAUGAAGAUGGGGGUGGGUGGGGGGAUGAUCUGAACCCAAACAAUUUGGAGACUGGUUAUUGAGCCACAGCCCAAGGAAUCUUGCCAAAUUCUCAUUUCCCCAGCUUUACUUAAUUAAUACAAAGACUUAUUUUGAAUCACUGGAGCAUGAGAAAAAAAGUUGGGUAAAAAUAUUCAUGUGUUAAAGGAAAACUGCAGUAAUUCUAAUGCUAUAGUACACUUGCAGCAGGUGCGCAUGCUGCAUACAAAAUACUUCAAACGUUUACAGUUCAACCAGAGCAACCUUUUAAAAUCUACCAGUCUUUCAGUAUUUCUUACUUGAUGGAAAUUAAGCUUGAAAGUAAUCAAUUUAAUGCAGAGGCAUGUACCAUCAAUUUAAUGUGGAGGCCGCAAAUCAGAAAUUCCUGGUUUUUGCUUAACAUUUGCUGCAUGUUCCGUCUUGAUCACAGUUUUGAUUUCUUAUCCACAUUUCUUUAUAUGUCACAUUGUGACUAGAAUCAGUACUCAUAGAGUACACCUUAAACCUUCCUACAUCCAAAAUUGAUUGAUGGCUUUUAAAUAAGCUGAUGUUGCUCUGAUUUCUGGAAUUCUUCAUUUCUGCAUACAUUCUAGAAGGGAGCAUCCAGAAAUAUACUGUCCCAAAGAUCUUUUUUCCAGUAUCAAUGUAUUUUGUCAUCUAGCUACAUUGUAGUUUUCCUUUGACUGCAUGUGCCAAUGUAAAACAUGAAGGGCUACAAGCAAAGGGCUGAAUUUGCACAGAAUCUUAGUCCUGCCUUUAUAUUGUCUGUAGCCCUUUGCCUAAUCACUUGAAGUCAAAUUUCUUCCCCGUCUAGUACACACAUAAUUUUUCAAGUGUAUUUACCAAAGUGUUAAAAGUUUUUUUGUACAUACUGAUGACACUGGACUAAAGGGAAUGUUUGACAUUCUGGCCUGAGCCAUGGCAAGAAGUCAUCAUAAAACAUAGCCGUUAAACCACAAACACCAUCUCUUUCUGUGGGAAAGUUUACAUGCUACAUUACAAAAUUCAGUGUAAAUAUACACACUCAUACUACUCUCUUUCCAUUUUAUUAUCCUGCUUCUUCACAACAUACUAAUCAUCCCACAAGCCUUGGAUUUUGAAGCCAGUUAUUCAAUGAAAGAGAGAGCAGGGUUUUUUUUUUUCAGAAAUGGCUUCCAGUUCACUCCAUCAAGAAGAGCUGCAAGAGUUAUCCAGCCUGAAAUGUCAUUUUAGAAUGUGCUGGGAAUAGUAAAGCGCUCAGUACAAGAAUUGGGCAUAACCAUGGGCAGAGUGUCCUGGCACAUUAAACCUCAGAGGUGUAAGUUGUGUAAGGCCAUCCAUCUCAGGUUCAAGUGAUAUUUUCAGUUAAAUCUGGAACUGUUGUUAACGCUAACUUGUCUGUAAACUUGACAAAUGAAUCAGUAAAUAUUAAAUUGUCAGUAUUAUAAAGCACACACAGUGAUGGCAAAAAGGUUGAAUGGUCAGACUGCCAAAUUUUCCAUUAAUGCUGGCAUAUGGUGCCCUUCUGUGUUGAAUUAUUUGGUUCUGUUCAGAAAGCAUGUGCAUACACUUAGGUGAACUGUAUACAUUUGAAUUUUGUGCACUAGGAAAAAAUUGUGUCCUAAUAUUCUGCAGCGGGAAAAAGAGUAUUGAAGUGUGGAGGCUUCCAGAGUUGUCAUGGGAUUUUUUAAAUAUAAAUAGUAUACUUUUCAGGAGAAAAAAAAGGUCAUGGUUAGGAGCAGCUGCUCCUGAUAUAACCAAGAAUGUUGUUUCUAUUUUUAUAGAAGUUUUAUACUGCUCCAGGGUGGAGGAUAUUUAUUAUCUAAAUUAUUUCACUGGAAAAGACCAGGGUUUUGCAUAAUCCUGAAUGUGAUUGUGUUACACAAACAUACAACAAUGUGCUUGAUAUAAACUACUGAACUUCAGUGGCCUGUUUGCAGCUGGACAAACUGCUAAAUAGGAAAAGAAUUAAUGCUGUGAACCAGUGGAGGGGGAAAGUUGUCCUCAAGUUUCUCUGUAGUCACUCCUCCCAGUAUCUCUUCUGUCCCUUGUACUCUUUGAGUCCCAUUUUUGUUACCCGUUUAGCCACUGAUAUUGGCUUCUCUGAAUAAUAUUUUCUGUCACUUUUUAUUUAAUGUUGAUAACCUAUCUGUAUGCCUUCAUCAUGACCACUGUGAGGCAGAUUGUCUCCUUUUUAAUUCAUAAGGCAACACUUCAGCAUAGAUCGUCCUUUAAUAUUUCUAAGUACAAGACUGACUCCUUUACCCUCAUUCCAUAUAGCACUGUAACCAAAGCAAAUAUAUCCAGGUUAAAUUCCAAAACUCAAACCUUUGAAAUACACUGGCAGAGUUUUUGUGCCUUUGGUGCUGGUGCUUUGAAUUAAGCUAAAAAACUUGAACCGAAAUUUGCCUUCUCAAGUUUAGUUGCUAUGCUAGUGUGGUUUUAAAAACAAAUAAUAAAAUUAAGUCCCUGAAGUAAAUUUUCUGUUAGCAGAAAUGUUGCUCUUACACAAAUACACAGAGAGACAUGCUUUCUCGUUUGAGGGUUUCAUCCAGUCUGUCAUCUUCUGGAGUUUUCUGCAUAAUUUAUACCUCCUUCCAGAUCUGAACAGAUAGUUUGGCAAAAGCCCUCAGCGUUAUCUUGUUUGCUGUCCUCUCAAGCAAAUCAGAUUAUUCAUCUACAUUUGGACCAAAGGAACAAAUGGAUCAAAUAUGCACUGAUUUAUUGCUCAAAAAUGGCUAUUUGUAUGUCAUUUUACUCAGCCUUAUUAAAUGCAAUUGUAUUGUGGUCCUCGCCCGACCAGAUAGGCGGGAUAUAUAUAAAAUAAAUAAAGAAACAAACAAAUACAUAUUUAAUAGAGCUAAAUAAAUUGACAUAAAGAUUUUGAGUAAUAAAUCAGUGCCCAUUUGAUCCAUUUGAAUUAAUUCGUAUUUAAUACAAUUGUAUUUAAUCAUGAACAUAGUUCUAGAUAUAUUUUAGAUUAAAACAAGUUCUCAAGUUAAAAUGACUGUUCAGUAACAUGAAGUUUUGAGAUUAGAAUGAAUAAAAGGAGACAUGCUGUACUGAAAGAUAUUUUGGGUUUGGAAGUCAUGAGGCAAAGAUUGAAGUAUCACUUUCCAAAAGAGUCAUUUUUAAGGAAAAUAUCACCUCUGGACAAUUGCUGAUGAAAUUGCCAUAUGAUUAUUAAGAUUUUCCAUGUAAUGUUUUGAUCAUUGAGUGUGCAUCCUACUGAUUAUUGCUCAUGGGUUGUCUGGGUGGGAGAGAGACAUUGCUUUUGAGGUUCCACUUAAUGUACUUCAUAUUAAUAACAAAAGUCCCAAAGAUGCUACUUAUUUGGUAACCUGGCAUUGUUAGCCUCCGUAAAUCUCCUAUUUCCUUAACAAGUAUGUUGGAUUGGAUCCAGUGUCCCCACCCUCACCACUACCAGCAAUCCCUGAAUGAAAUGUAAUCCAGAACAUGCCAGUGAUAAAAGAAGUGAGGUUAUUUUUACCUGUUCCAACCAUCAUCUGCAUUCCCUGUCACCUCUUCCUACCAUGUUCUGGAGGGCCUUCUAUCACUCCAGAUUUUGGAGGAUUGCCGGGAGGGGCCAACAGUGGAGGAGGAAACUAGUGAAGUUCUCCUCUUCUCUCUUUCCAUCAAUAUAAAUGCUCCCUGGAUCAGAAUUUUUCUGUUUUUAGAAGGGGUAUCUUCAUCUGUAGAGCACCAACUCUGGAUCCAACCCAAUGUUGUUUACGUUCAGCUAAAAUAACCUAAAAUUUAAUAGCUGUAAUAUAGUAUAAUACAUGUAGACAGAAGCUGCAGGUCAGCAUCAUUUUGGGAAUCCACAUAUACAGACAGAAGGUUCCUCUGUGUCACUGAGCUGAAAUGUACCUGUACGUUUAAAACAAGAUGUUGUAAUAUGUUUUUAACUAUACAGUAUUGGCGUGGAGGUUAGGGUGGAUGUAACAAACAUUUUUCCAAGUAAUCAAAUGCUACCACAGAUUACCAUCUUAUUAACAGAAUGCUUCAGUGUAUCUGUCCUUGCAAAUUAUGUCUUUUGUGUUGUGCCCCACUCUCAGGUCUAAACAGUCUUUCUCAAGAUGCUUCAGACAAAAUGCCUUACACUCAAACUAGUAAUAGUGACUAUAGAACUUCUGAGAGUCCAGAAUUCCUCCUCACAGAUUGAAGGAGCAAGAUUUAGUUUAUUCAAGGAAUUGCAAAAUAAAGUUUACUUGCAAGUAUCAUUGUAAAAAGAGCUCAGCUAAGGCAAGUCUUGACUUGCAGUCAAGUCUUAAUCCCUUCCUGUUUCAUUAGGUUCAAUUCCACUUACAUACAUUACAUCAUUUUUGGGCUCUCAGAUGAAAAACCAGUAUCCUUGUUUCCUGAGGCAGAAUAUUACUGCAUUUUAACACAUAGAGUAUUUGAAUUGUGGAAGCUGUUGCAGCUAAUUAACAAGAUGCAGGGCGCAUAAACAACAUGAGCAGCAUCUAAUCAGUUAGGCACUAUGGCUUUUCCAGUUCCCCUUCCACAUGCUUAAAAAUGUAAUUGGUGGAGUCCUAAUGGUAUUUGAGUAUGUUGGCUGCCUCAAAUGGUUUUUCAUUUCACAGAUGGGAACAUUGUAUGUAUUAAUUUGCAUAGACUAAUUGCACUUAAUUGAUGAAGUGCUAGGGCACAUCUCAGUUGCACAGUUAGCCAUGUGACUAAGCAGGCACUCAAGAUGUGCUCCAGUAUCUCAUCAGUUAGCGACAAUUAGGCUCAGCAAGUUUGCACAUACUUCAGCUAUCAAUCUCCCAGGGAUUCUUUCUGUGUCUCCCAUUUCUUAUAUUCUGAGGUGCCCUGGAACCACAUAGAAAAAAAAUCAGGUUCUACUGAAAGGGUUCACUUCAAGUUAUCUCCAUCAAACAGAAGUAGUAAGAAUGCUGGCUUGGAGCUGUGAUGAAUGCACAGCUGCCUGUGUGGCACUAAACCAUAGCCCAUUCUGCAGCUAUGCCUUUCCUUCAUUUGGUUUCUGACAGUUUUGACAUUUAUUUAGUGUCUUAAGCACUUCAACUUUUACUUGUUCAUUGUCAGCAUGUGCUGCCCUUCCCUGUCAAAUCCCUUCCCCAAAAGAUCUCAUUGUACAGUGCCCAUUCUUGUUCUCUCUCUUUCUCUCUGUUUCUCUUCCUCUCUCUCUCUCUCUCUCUCUCUUUCUCUCUCUGUUUGGAUGUACUGCUCUGUGUAACUCAGUGGGUCUCCUUCUUUCUGGUUUGUUUUUUUUUCUAGAUUCCUGCCGUUUGUUCAUCGUUGUGCCUAAAGCAUGUCGAUGUGGCGUUCAAGUACAUCGUCCAAAUCCUUGUCUCUUCAGCUUCUCUGAUGCUUGAACUCUCACCUUUUGACCUUGUGUUGACUUUUGAUGCUGAUGUGUAUUUUUAUUAUGUUUGUUUCUUCUUUCUUUUUUUUCCUUUUUUUGUGCUGCCAAAUUGGUUUUGCUAGAAAGACUGCUGAAGGGGAAUAUUUAAACUUGCAUUUGAAUAUAAAAAAAAUUCUAUUUUUCUAGAACUUCGUAAGAUAACCACUUGAUUUUGUGAUUCUGAUUCUUUGUAAUUGUCUUCAGAGCAGCCUUGCUAGCAUACCUCGUGGAGUAUUUGUAUUUCUGUGAACAUACAGCCAAUCACUUUCUAGGCUUAGUUUUUUCUGUGUGCAUAGUUUUAAAACAAAAAUCUUUGAAGGAAAAAGUAAAAUGAUGCAACUUAAAACUUUCAGGAGAUUUCUAGUCAUAUUUUGCUGAAUCUACUUUCUGUGCUUGGAAAGAUAGCUUAUAUUUGACUUGGGUAGGCUCAGCAGAAGAACACUUGAACUACACUUUCUCCUGAUUGUGGCUGCAUUUUUGUCCUGGCACUUACUGCUUUUUCCUUCCUGUGUGAUUAUCAGCCUUGUCUGCAGUGAAAGUUUAAUCAAAGUUGAUGUUGUAUUUUGUUAAACCCUAGCAUGCUUAGUUUUUUGUAACUACAAUCUCCUCAGCAAAAUGUGAGAUUCUGUUUUUUUCCUUUAAAAUUCAAAUAAUGCCCUUGUAAACGUUUUGCAUGUUUCCUGCUGUGUUCUUCACAAUCCUGUAUAUAUCUAUAUAUACACACAUACACCCUUCACCUCUGUUUUCUAUAGUUUGUGCAAAAACUGAGCAAUUUAAUAGGUUUCAGUGCUAUCCUUUUUAGAUGUCAGACUUGUGGUCAUAUGUUAUGUAAUGGCAUCUCCUGUGCAUUUGGACUGCUCAACACAGAAUCUGCACCCUGAUCAAUCAUAACUGUGGAAAGGUCUCAGGGGGCUUGGUUGCACUGUUCCAAUGGUGGUAGUGAUGGGGACAAAGAUGGCAGUGAUGGCGGCAGGGAUAAAAGUCAAGUAAAAGUGUGGAAUAUUUGCUAUAAUAUUGCUUCUAAGAUCCAUUGGAGCUAAAAGCUCUUUUGGAGUAGCCUUAAUUUGUACCUCUUGUUUAAUAUGUGGCUUGCUUUGUGAGUUUUAACACCAUUAAAUCUCAGUGGACAGAAGCUUGAUUGCUCUCCAGCCUUUACACUUGAAGUAGCAUGUUCUGUGUAUUCCAUAGAAGGAAUCUGCAAGCCUACACAAAACUGCUGGCUCUUUCUCCAAGUGACAAGCACAAUAUAACAGCUUGCUAGCUGUUACCUGAACAGGGUACCAACCCCGGCUCCUUUUCUCAGGGGCCUUAGCUGGGGGAUCUCCUCUUUGGAGAAUUUUUUUUUCAGUUUUUAAAUUGGGUAAGGAGUCAUGCAGUUUUCCUUUCUUUUUUCUUGUUGGCCUAAUGAAGAAAUAGGACAGAUUCUCCUUCUCUAGGAAGAAUACUUCAGCCUUGCUGCCAUAUGAUCUGUUAUAAACAUAUAAUACUAGGUUUGGCUGCACCUGCAGGAAAAUCCUGUGGUAGGUGCCUAAUCACAAGAGGCAAAGGGAUGGGGAAAUCAGGAAGGAACUAACAGGAAGAAAAUAGUGUGAAAUUGUAUAGUUGGAGUGUGGGAGUGUUUAAGAAACCUAUCUAGGCCAUGCAGAAAGUUAGUUUGUUCCGAGAUUAGGGACGAAAAAGAUUGCCAUCCUCUUGUUGGAUGGGCAGUAUUUUUCCAUGCAUGUUUGAUAGAUAUAAAUAGGUAACUUUUCCCUCAACCUUGUGAUCAUCGCCUUUUGAGGAUGGGAAUUGUUUGAAAAGGAAUAUAUGGCUGCAUUAUUGGGGGUAGAGCUGUGAGAUGCUUGCCAUUAGGCUUACAGUCACAAUGCACAGGGAUGUCUGACAGCAGGGAAUUUGAGAACCCUGCAUUAUAUUGAUUAAUUUUGCCAAUACAUUUAUUUACGAUGUGUUAUACAGUUUCAUGAGGAAGUCUGGAGAAUCCUGUGGAAAAAAAAAUCUCUGGAGAAAACCAAAAUGCCAAACAUUGGGUGUUCCUUUUCUUUUCUCUUUUCUUUUUUUGGUUGUUUUAAUUAUUCUGUGGUGGUUUUAAUGGAUUUGAGACAGUAAAGCAGCAGCUGCCUUUUAUUUCUGGCUGCUUUUUGUGAAUAAUUUAAAAAAAAGAAAAUUUACAUUUUGGAAACAAACCUGUGGGCUUUUUUAUUGGUACAAACAUUGUAUUUAACACUAGGGGUUUUGUACAGUUUUUUGCCUUUUCUACUAGAAAACAAUGUAAAGUGAUUCACAAGUGUGACAAGAAAACAAAUUGCCACUAUGACCAAAUGUAGAGUCUGUUCUGCAGCAACAGGAUUUAAUCAAAUCAGAGUCGUGAUUCUGUUGUAGCUAUGCUUUUCUUUACCUUGUUUGAGCUGUUCUUUUUCUUUGUUUGAUUUGGGAAAUGAAAUGUCUUUUUUGUGUGAAAUUGUGUUGUACUCUGUAGAAAUUAUGGGUUUUACUUUAAUGGUUUAAAAGAAAAAGCACAUGUUGCUUUUCUGAUCACGGAGUUUUGUGUAGUGGAUUUAAAAAUGAAAGUUUUGUUAUAAGUUUGGAACAAGCGAGUAUGUAUUAAGCAGUUUUCUUCCUUUUGUGUGUGAUUUCUUUUUGUCCCACUGGGGAACUUAAAAGCUGUUUUAAUUGCACAGACACACAGACGAGAAGUCAUUUUGUAUAUGCCAAGUGUGGUACCUCCCUUUGUUUAUUUGCUAUUAAACUGUUUGAGAAGAA